CGUUGGUGUUGUUCUUGCUGAUGUCGUGCUGCGCGGUUGUUGUGAAUAAGCUGCAGGAGCUCAUCAUAGUCUUGUUUGUCGAGUGUUAGCCGAGUGGGCGUUCGGGAGAGCAUCGUUGAGGGGUGGAAUUUGUCAAAAGAAUGAGGUUUUGCCACCUGCCUGUAAAUCCCACAGCUAAGCACUCGCGUAGAGGGGGUGGUCAGCCAUCCGAGAUAGCUCUGCCGGCAUCAAGCAAUUAUACCAUCUCUCAUCGCCCGCCUUUUCUCGCGCGUUUACCUCAACGUCGCUUCCAUAUCCUGUUGAGUUCGUUAGACUAGUGACAGUUUACAGCCUUCAUCCUAUUCGGAAUGGCGGACCCCAGGAUUACUUCCCAGGAAGCCGCUGCGAUUCAUGCGGCAGCGGUUACGCGCAAUUAUGUCGUCCAGCCGCGCUUGGAUUAUCGUACAGUCGCAGGUGUCAAUGGACCGCUUGUCAUUUUGGACAACGUAAAGUUUGCAAAGUUUUCGGAAAUCGUGGAGCUUACUCUUCCCGACGGAUCGAAGCGCUCGGGUCAGGUCUUGGAAGUCCAGGGAAAACGCGCUAUCGUCCAGGUCUUUGAAGGAACAUCCGGCGUCGAUGCGAACGCUACUCGAGUUGAGUUCACUGGAGACACGUUGAAGAUUCCAGUGUCCGAAGACAUGUUGGGACGAGUGUUCAACGGAUCCGGUAAAGGCAUUGACAGGGGACCCAAAGUCUUUGCUGAGGAAUACUUGGAUAUCCAAGGUCAGCCCAUCAAUCCAUUCUCUCGUAUCUACCCGGAGGAGAUGAUUCAGACCGGAAUCUCUGCUAUUGAUACAAUGAAUUCCAUUGCCCGUGGACAGAAGAUUCCUAUCUUUUCUGCGGCUGGUUUGCCUCAUAACGAGAUUGCGGCGCAAAUCUGUCGACAAGCUGGCUUGGUCAAGCGCAUUGACAAGGGAGUUUUGGAUGGCCACGAAGACAACUUUGCGAUCGUAUUUGGUGCUAUGGGUGUAAACUUGGAAACUGCUCGUUUCUUCAAACAAGAUUUCGAAGAGAAUGGUUCUUUGGAGCGUGUGACCCUGUUCUUGAACUUGGCGAAUGAUCCUACGAUCGAGCGUAUUAUUACUCCCCGUCUUGCCCUUACAACGGCGGAAUACUACGCAUACCAGCUCGAGAAGCACGUACUUGUCAUUCUCACUGACAUGAGUUCUUACGCUGAUGCCUUGCGUGAGGUAUCUGCUGCUCGUGAAGAAGUACCUGGUCGCCGUGGUUAUCCCGGUUACAUGUACACGGAUUUAUCUACGAUUUAUGAGCGAGCUGGCCGUGUGGCUGGACGUAAUGGGUCUAUUACCCAAAUUCCUAUUUUGACGAUGCCGAACGAUGAUAUCACCCACCCCAUUCCCGAUUUGACGGGAUACAUUACUGAAGGACAAAUCUUCAUUGAUCGUCAACUUCACAACCGUCAGAUAUACCCACCAAUAAACGUAUUGCCGUCACUCUCCCGAUUGAUGAAGAGCGCCAUUGGCGAAAAGCUUACGCGAAAAGAUCACGGAGAUGUUUCCAACCAACUGUACGCGAAAUAUGCCAUCGGUCGUGAUGCUGCAGCCAUGAAAGCUGUCGUAGGAGAGGAAGCCUUGAACCAAGAAGACAAAUUGUCGUUGGAGUUCCUUGAAAAGUUUGAGAAAUCGUUCAUUGCCCAAGGAUACUAUGAAGGACGCACUAUAUUCGAAUCUUUAGACCUUGCGUGGUCCCUCUUGCGUAUCUUCCCCAAGGAAAUGUUGAACCGAAUCCCACAGAAGAUUCUGACUGAAUAUUAUCAGCGGGCGAAGGCCACUAGGGCAGGUGCCGCUGCAUCUGAGCCUGCUUCAUCGCAGUCACAAGCUUAGAGGUUUAGUGACACGCGGUAGAAGCUUUCUUUAUGUCCUUGAAUAACAUGUCGCGUGUUCUUAUGCUAUUCACCCACGGCCGUCCACUGCAAGCUCUUUACACAAUGCAUGUUUCUCAAUGUUUUGCUGGAGAUAUUAUAGUUACACGUGUUUGCCGUUAAAUAAUUGGUGACUAUGUGCAAAGGUGAUGAUCUAUCCUAAUGGUUUGUAUCCUGAAAGAAAUUUUGCUGGAC